AUGGCGAAAAUAAAUAAUACAUUCAACACGGGGGAGAUCGUUUUGUCUGCAAUCAAGAAACUCAUGAAAAACACUGGCUGGACAACUCGUACCAUCAUUAAGUUUAUUAAAUUAGAAUACAGUAUCUCUGACCCCAAGAUAAAUCGAAAGGUAUCCAGGACAUUGAAACGUGGUGUCAGGCUCGGCUUGCUUCAAAUGGAACGAGGCCGCUAUAGACUGAACGAAAUGUCAUGUCUAGCGAGAAAAGUUAAUUCACAUGAGGCUAGGAAGCGCUACCGACCCAAGCUACGUGCGAAAACAUUGCGCAUAAAAUGUAGCCGAUCGUUUUCAGGGCAGCCACGACAGGAUUAUAUAAAUUGA